AUGGCCGCUGCAUUGGAAGACGAACUACUCGAUCUAGCUGGUGAUACGAGUUCUCGACUUGAUUCAGACGAUGAACGUCCUUCUACACCAUCCUUACGUCUUUCUCAUUCUGCUCAACCAACACCUCAUUCCAAUCGAGAAGAUGUCACUCCCAAAGCUCGUACUUCAGCUUCCAACCCUGACGACCCAUUCGAUCAACCCGAAGGUCAAGUGACGGAUAAAAAGAAGGGUAAAACGAAAGAAGAAACGACGGAAAAUGUGGCGGAUCGUUGGGAUCCAGAUAUAAUCGUACAACCUUCCGGUUUGACACGUGCAGAAGUCAUUACCAAAGUUGAAAGUGGUAACAUGAGAGGAUUGACAGAAGAAGAUGUUAAAGCAGUUCAAGAUGAAAUGUGGAUGAGACAAAAGAUUAAAGAUGGUAAAGCUUUAGUCAGGAAAGAUGGUACUAUUCGAAAGAAACCAGGUCCAGCGAAAGGUUGGAAAAAAUUAAGAAGAGGUGAAGAAUUUAGUGAAGUUGAAGAAGGUGAAGAAUCUGAAACUUAUCAUUCUACGAAUAUGAAAGUUUUAAACCUUUCUAAUAAUCCUCAAGGUUCAAGUCCAUACGAUGUUUAUGAUCAAGAUGAAGAAAGUAACGAGUUAGAAAAUGAACAUUCUAAUAAAAUCGGAAUGAGAAAAGAUAAAGGGAAAGGUAAAGGGAAAGAGAAUCAAUUAGAUUCUUUAGAUGAUCAAUUAGAAUCAUUAGUAAAUCCUUUAAAUUCAAAUUCCAAGAAAACUUCUAAAGUGAAAGAACCUGGAGUGGGGAAAGGUAGAUGGACAAGACCUCCUAAAGAUGAUAAAAAGAGAGAAAUAGGGUAUGAAGAAGAUCUUUCAUCUUUGGGCUCGAGUAUCUGCUCGCCUGAAUUUGCUGCACUAGGUUUCAAGCCGGAUCGGGCGUGUCCACACGUAACUCCUCUCACCAUUCCGUCUAUGUCAAAGCCCUUUUCAACUGCCCAGUCUGGGUUUGUUCAAACGAUAUUUUUUGUCUCGUGUCAUACUAAACAAAUAACUGAUUCCCAGAUGUACAGAGUCUACCAAUCAUCAUCCACAGUCCUCCGAGCCAACGCACUCCGUACAGCUCAAGCAUGUUAUCGUAAUUCCGUAACUCAAAGAUCUUUGAAACCAUCUUUCAAAACGACCUCCCGUCAAACGAAAGAAACUAUAUCACGUUCAAAGAAGAUAAUGAAAGAAUUAUCUCUGUAUUGGCGUAAAAAUGAAAAAGAUGAAUUAGCAGCUAGGAAAAGAGCUGAAAAAGAAGCUUUGGAAAAAGCGAAAUUGGAAGAAGAAAAAAGGGAAAGUAAACGUCAAGCUAGGAAAUUGAAUUUCUUGUUGACUCAAACGGAACUGUAUUCUCAUUUCGUCGGGAAGAAAAUAAAAACGAAAGAGGCUGAAGAUGUUGGGGAUGAUAUUGGAGGUGAUUCGGUGGAAAAGGAGAAGGAGAAGGAGAAGGAGAAGGAGGGAAGAGAAGAAUUAGGUUUGGAUGAUGAAGGGGAACCAUUACCUGAUAUUGAUUAUGAUGAUGAUGACGAAGAAAACCUUCGACGACACGCUGCUAGAGGUGCUCAGGCUGCUGUUAAAGCUGCUAGGGAUAAAGCCAAAGCUUUUGAUCAGUCGAACAAUAGUGCACCUAUAGAUCUCGACGGCGACGAACUAAACUUCCAAAACCCCACUCUCUCUUCCGACGCUCAAUCCAUUUCUCAACCACGUAUGCUCAUGGCCCAAUUGAAAGAAUAUCAACUAAAAGGUCUCACAUGGCUAGGUAAUCUAUACGAACAAGGGAUCAACGGUAUUCUAGCAGACGAAAUGGGUCUAGGCAAAACCAUCCAAUCUAUUUCUCUCCUAGCUUAUCUAGCUGAAACACAUAAUCUCUGGGGUCCAUUCUUGGUGAUUGCACCAAGUUCGACAUUACAUAAUUGGCAACAAGAAUUAGCUAGGUUUGUUCCUCGAUUGAAAACAUUACCUUAUUGGGGUAGUCCGAAAGAUAGAGAAACUUUAAGAAAAGUAUGGUGUAGGAAGAAUUUGACUUUUGAUGAAGGUAGUCCUUUUCAUGUUUUGGUUACUUCGUAUCAACUCGCCGUCCAAGAUGAGAAAUACUUUCAAGGCACAAGAUGGCAAUACAUGAUUUUAGACGAAGCACAAGCCAUCAAAUCGUCAAGUUCUGCUAGAUGGAAAAGCUUGUUGUCGCUUCAUUGUAGGAACAGGUUGUUAUUGACCGGUACACCGAUACAGAAUUCCAUGCACGAACUAUGGGCUCUACUUCAUUUCAUCAUGCCUUCUUUGUUUGACUCGCACGAAGAGUUUAGCGAGUGGUUCUCCAAAGAUAUAGAGAAUGCAGCUGGGAGUGGUGGAGCUACGUUGAAGCCUGAACAGCUCAGACGGUUGCAUGUGAUUUUGAAACCUUUCAUGUUGAGACGGAUAAAGAAGCAUGUGCAGAAAGAAUUGGGUGAUAAGAUCGAAAUCGACCUCCUAGUCGACUUGUCACAACGUCAACGUUCCAUCUACCGUGCUCUCCGACAACGAGUCUCCGUAUCCGAUCUCUUGGCUCAAGCCAACCAAUCAUCCGACUCCUCCCUCGCCGCAAAGAACCUCAUGAACCUCGUCAUGCAGUUUCGUAAAGUCUGUAACCAUCCGGAUCUCUUUGAACGUGCAGACGUAGUAUCGCCGUACAUGUUCGGUACAUUCUCUCAAUCCGGUAAUCUCGCAAGGCAAGUCGAACCUCUUUAUUGUCCAGACAGCGCACGGAAUGCCAUUGAUGUAAAAUUACCUAGGUUAGUAUGGGAAGAAGGAAAGUUGGAUUUACCUUCUGAUCAGAGUAAAGCGGGGGACGAAGGACAUGUGUUGAGGAAUCUUAUGAAUAUCUGGAGAGAAGAUUGGGUGGAGAAACGUUCGAAGGAAGAUGGGGAUGGAUGGGGAUUUUUGAAGAUUGCUGGAUUGUCACCUGGUCAAGUAGCGAGGAAAGUUAAAGGACAUCCUUUGGUCACUGUGCUGACAUAUGCUCAUCAGACUGAGCACCCGGUGAAACGACAUGGCAGCAGGCUGACUUCCAGUGAUCAAACCUUUGCCGCGUCAGAGAAAUACCCUCUCCGACCUCUCGCACCGACCAUACCGACCACUCGUCCACCCGGACUCUCACCUUUAGCAGACAUCACCUCAGUCGCAUGGAACACAUCUUACCUUUCUCGCCGCGCAGCACGUUUCGUACUUGAAAAAGCUGUCGUUCCUCCUAUCCGACCUUACAUCUCAUCACGUGCAUUCCUCAACACUCAACGUCGUCUCAGUACCGAUCCGACAUUACAUGACGUUCUCUACGGAGUGCCUCCUUCCCAGCUCCACUCUCCUACAGCUACCUCUGUCCUCCCAAUCCCACCACAAGGUCUUAUCCGUGCCAGUCCUCUUGACCAGAGUCCAGCAGCUAGCAUCAAGAUCCCGGCUUUCCAAAGAUUAAUCGUCGAUUCUGCCAAACUGGCAAGAUUAGACGAACUUCUACGAGAAUUGAAAGCUGGUGGUCAUAGAGUUUUGUUGUAUUUCCAAAUGACCAGAAUGAUGGAUCUGGCAGAGGAGUAUCUGAUUUAUAGACAAUACAAGUAUUUGAGGUUGGAUGGAGGAAGUCCGAUUGGUGAGAGAAGGGAUAUGGUCACUAGUUGGCAGACGAAUUCUGAUAUCUUCGUGUUUUGUUUAUCUACACGUGCUGGUGGAUUGGGUAUCAAUUUGACCGCUGCGGAUACUGUUAUAUUUUACGACCACGACUGGAAUCCCUCCAACGACGCCCAAGCGAUGGAUCGUGCCCACCGAGUAGGUCAAACGAAACAAGUCACUGUCUACCGUCUCAUAGCCCGAGGUACGAUCGAAGAACGUAUCAUCCGUCUAGCUCGAGGUAAAAAAGAUGUUCAAGACAUUGUCGUCGGAGCUAAAUCUCUUACCGACGUGGCUAAACCAGCGGAAAUCGUAUCCUUGUUCAUGGACGAUGACGAAUUGGCAGAAUCAGUUGCUAAACGUAAACAAGCCGAAGCGCACGGAUACGUAGCACCCAUGAACGGUACAUCAAAGGGAAAGACUUCAUUCGGGGAUGCAUUGGUGACGGGUGGUGAUGAAGAUGAAGAUGAUUUCUUCUCGUUAGGACGGAAAGUCGUCAAUGGAGAAGAUGAAGAGUAUGGGGAUGAAGGACAGGGGAAGAGUGGAGCGGGGAGUGGGACUGUUACGCCUUUGCAAAAAGGUGGAAAGAAGAGGAAGGCGGAGAAUGAGGGUGAGUAG